CAUAAAUGAGACAUGGAUAACCAAACCAGGAUGCCUUACUUUCUGCUCCUGAGAUUCUCAGAAAGUCAGCAACUGCAACUGCUACAUUUCUUCUUGUUCUUUGUAUUAUACCUGGCAAUUACAACAGCAAAUCUUCUGAUAAUCUGUGCAGUAGCUUUUGACCGGCAUCUGCACAGACCCAUGUACUUCUUUCUAAUGAACUUGGCUCUGCAGGACCUGGGCUCUGUUUCUGUCAUUGUUCCCAAAUCCAUGGUGAAUUCCCUCAUAGAUACCAGACACAUUUCUUACUUUGGUUGUGUUGCUCAAGUCUUCCUCUUUGUCUCCUUUCUGUGUUCUAAUGUAUCCCUCCUGACAGUCAUGGCAUACGAUCGAUAUGUUGCCAUAUGCAAUCCUCUGCACUACGAAAUGGUGAUGAACUGGAAAGCCUGCACCGAAAUAAUAAUUCUGGUUUGGGUCACCAGUCUUCUCUAUGGAAUGUUGCACACCACUGGCACUUUUUCUAUCAAUUUUUGUUCUAAUGUUGUCAACCAAUUCUUCUGUGAAAUUCCACAGUUGCUAAAGCUAUCCUGCUCUGGCUUCAAUCUAGUUGAAGUUGGAGUUCUUGUGGCCAGUGUCACUGCAGGACUAGGUUGUAUAUGUUUUAUUACUGUAUCUUAUGCCAUGAUAUUUAAGGCCGUGCAGAGAAUCCCUUCUGAGAAAGGAAGGCAGAAAGCCUUAUCAACUUGUAUUCCCCACCUUUUAGUAGUGUCUAUGUUUACAUCAACAGGAUGCUUUACCUAUCUGAGACCUCCUUCUAACAUCCCAACUUUUUUAGAUUUUGGGUUGACUGUUCUUUAUUCUCUUCUUCCACCCCUGUUCAAUCCAAUCAUCUAUAGUAUGAGAAAUACAGAUAUCAAAUUUGUCCUUUCUAAACUGUGGAAAUUCUGA